AUGUCGUCCUGGUUCCCCACCGAGUAUGACGAAGACUACCAGCGGGAGACCCUCUGGCUGAGAGCUGGAGCGCUUUGUUGCAGCUCUCUGGGCUUAAUACUACUGGUGACGCGCCAUGUCCACCCAUUCACCCUCCUGUUUGCCCUCCCGGUAGUCUGGUCAGUAGCCGACGGCAGGCUGCUCGGGCAAGGACGUGCCGCCCAUACCCUCGUUUAUGUUCUUCUCGAUUUCCUCUGCGCUCUUUUCUUCGUCUGGAACAUUCCCGUGACGGUACUUGCUGGCGUGGUACAGUGGAGUUUUAUUACCAUCGUCAUGGCCAUGUUUUUCUCCGCCGCUGUAUUCCUCCAUGGUCUAAUCUUCCUCCGCGCGACCGUGAGGCUGUUGGAAGAGUCACGAUUAUUCGGUCGUGGUAACGGUGUUCAGCUUCCGACCUAAAAACCACUCGUUAUGAUGAUGGCAUGGUGGUGGGGCCCAUCCGCGGAGCUCGGACAACUAUCCAACGGCUGGAACGGGCUUCCACAGUUGGACAAGAACUGGAUACCCCAGACGGGGGAACCAGUUAAAUGCAAAGACUUGCUCUGUGAACUUUGUCUCGAACGCGGGAAUGUCCCUUCCCACCCGGCUGUUUGUGCCGUGGUGUUGUCGGACCUGGAUCGGCCUCGUUUGGAAGAGAACUCGGUGUUGUGACGAUCACGGUUAUUGUAUACUCCUAGAUACACAAAACCCCACACCAGUGGAUGAUUUACCCGGGGACCAUCCUGAUGGUUCAAAUGGUUGUAAUGCUCACCG